AUGCACUGGGCAAACCUGCUUGUCCUUUGCCCCAUGGCCUCAUACCAGCUGGCAGCUUUCCCCUUCGCUGCUCUCCUCCACCACCUCAGUGCUUCGGGGCACCUCUCUCCAACUGCCCGGUAUGUCUCCCUGCUUGCUGGAGGAUGCCUCCUUGCCAGCACAGCCAUGGGCAGCUAUGCCUUGCUGCUCUUCAUCCCCACAGCCGGCUCCGUGCUCGUCCUACUCUCCGUCAGCCCAGCACGUGUCCACACCUGGGUCUUCAGCCUCCAGAUGUCCUGGCAGACGCUCUGCCAUCUGGGCCUGAGGAGCCAGGAGCUGGACCCACAAGACAUCAGGUCAGCUGUCAUCCUCUCUGCCAUCAUGCUGCUGACCCAGAAAGUUACAUCUCUGGCCCUGGAUGUUCAUGAAGGGACCGUGACACUCCAGCCCAGCCAGGGGCUUUUGCAGCGAGCACUGCCUCUCUGUAGCUACUUGCUUUUUUUCCCAGCCCUCCUAGGAGGUCCCCUGUGCUCCUUUAGGAGGUUUCAGGCCCAGAUCGAGUUCUCGGGCACUUCCCACUGCCCGCUGGGGGCUGCUGGCCGGAGAUGCCUCUGUGCACUGGCUCUGCAGGUGCUGCGCGCAGGACUGGAGGGUCAGUUGGCCACCAUGCAGGGCUGCGCUGGUCUGAGUUGUGUGCAUAGCAUGUGGACACAAGCCUUGCUCUUCAAGCUGGCCUACUAUUCACACUGGAUGCUGGAUGAGGCCCUCCUCGAGGCAGCAGGCUUCGGGCCGGAGGCAGGCCAGGGCGAUCUUUCAGGCAGCGACCUGUGGAUGCUGGAGACCACCAACCGCGUGGCUGUCUUUGCGCGGACCUGGAACAAGAGCACAUCCCGCUGGCUGAGGAGACUCAUCUUCCAGCGUUGCCCUGCCCAGCCACUCCUCGCCACCUUUGCCUUCUCUGCCUGGUGGCACGGCCUCCAGCCCGGGCAGGUGUUUGGUUUCCUAUGCUGGGCCAUCAUGGUGGAGGCUGACUACCGCAUCCAUCCCUUCCUCCGUGCCCAGGCUGUCUCUCGUGGUGCAAAGCUCCUCUACUAUGGGGCAACCUGGCUCUUCACCCAGCUCAUCAUCGCCUAUAUCCUGGUGGCCGUAGAGACCGAGAGCUUCUCCGAACUCCAUCUGCUCUGGACUUCCUCCAACAGCAUCCUUCCCCUCUCUUACAGCCUCGCAUUGCUGCUGCUGCUCAUCAAGAAACCGAAGCAGAACUGA